AUGUUCCGAUACCUGACCAAAAAGCUGAAGGGAGAGGAAGAUGCAAAAAAGGACCCUUAUGCUGAUCUGACGCCAGAACUGAAGGUGCAUGCUGCAGCUUGCAACAAUGACGUCAAGAUGCUAGAGAAGCUGGCCAAGGACGGGGUGGACUUUAACGAGCCACGACCGCAGGACGGAUACUAUGCGCUGGAUUCUUGUGCAUGGUCUGGAAAUGUGGAAGCCAUCAAUGUGCUGCUCCAGCACGGAGCAGACCCAUCUAUCACCCUGCAGGCCAUAGUUGGUGCUGCUUCGUGGGGCGAUCCAGAGAUGCUGGAGGCACUUAUCAGUGCAGGUGGUCAAGUGGACCAGGAACUAAAUUCUGAGACUGCUUUGCGAUGGGCUGUGCAGUUCGGCCAUGAGGACUGUGCCCUUCUUUUAGUUCAGAAGGGGGCGUGGAAGCUAGAGCCGAACCAGGAGCUGCUACUUCUUCGCGCAAAGAGUCGGAGGAUGCGCAAGCUCUUAGAGGGCAUCGCUCAGGUGGAUCCAGACCGCGCAGCAGAUUGCGUUGUACCACCUUGCUGGAAGACAUGUGAAAUUCUUUGA